UACAGAGAGGUUGGCGAACUUGCCUCUUUUGCACAUCCUCAUGGUGCUUGUGAGCUGGAUGCGAGGCGCUUGUUUUGCCUCUGAUUCACAACAGGAGUGGAGUGUAGCCUUCGUCAUCCUACUACGUGCUGUUUCGGGACUUGCAGGUGACCAUUGUGUUUGGCAAAUUGGCAGCGUCGACUCGACCAGUUGCCUCACGACUGCCUUCAACGUCUACGAGGAGUGCAACUUCAGGAUGAAGUCCUCGAGCUUGGCUAUGGCGGUCAUGAUGGCCGUUGCGAUAGGCAUGGUCGUGCUGGUUGCUUAUGCUCCCACUGUGGCAGGAGCCAGGGUAUACCAAUGUUGGCACGACACCGGUCACGGGCCGUCGACAAUCAAGAAGAUCGACUGCACGAAGAAGCCGCAUGCGGCAAGCGUUGAAGGAUGCCAGCAGAAAUGCGACAAGUUGAACAAGAAGACGGAAUGUGAGGGCAUGGUUUACAUCCAUGGCCCUGAAUACUGGGAGAGCGGCAAAUUCUGCUGCUUCCUCAAGAGGGCCAUCGAAGAAGAGAGCAUGUAUCCCGAGGUCCACCACGUCACGUGCGAGGCCCUGGGGUAACAGUGGAGUUCUAGGCUCGGAUGGAGGUACUGGCCCAGCUUCACCCCGGGCCUAUCUGUCUGUUGUUGUGGAACUGAGCUCAGAUGGAACUAUGGGACCUGGGACCAGGAUGGAACUAAGCUUGGAUGGAACUACGGGACCAGAAUGGAACUAACUAAGCUCGGAUGGAACUAGGGGACCAGAAUGGAACUAAGCUCGGAUGGAACUACGGGACCAGAAUGGAACUAACUAAGCUCGGAUGGAACUAGCGGAUCAGAAUGGAACUAAGCUCGGAUGGAACUACGGGACCAGAAUGCUUGGAUGGAACUACGGGACCAGAAUGGAACUAAGCUCGGAUGGAGGAACUACGGGACCAGAAUGGAAGUAACUAAGCUCGGAUGGAACUACGGGACCAGAAUGGAACUAAGCUCGGAUGGACGAACUACGGGACCAGAAUGGAAGUAACUAAGCUCGGAUGGAACUACGGGACCAGAAUGGAACUAAGCUCGGAUGGAACUAUGGGACCAGAAUGGAACUAAGGGACCAGAAUCUCACUCUUGUUGUGAAUGAUGCCCCUCACGGAUGUUUGACUCCUGAGGGGGGGAGAGAAAGGAGACAGAUACCCACCUACCGUAGACGUUGAGGUCAGAAAGGAGUCGGCUGCGGAGAAGGGAACGAGAAGAGGCCUCGACGAAAUUGAUGUCACUGUUAUGAAGUAAUAUGAACAUUAGGAAAACGGGCAAAAGUAGGUGUGCCUUUUUUUAAGUCAAUGUUUCCAACUUUCCAGUCUGCAGGGGGGGGUUCGGAGGGAUCAUAGAGCUAAUAUCUAGACGACUACUAAGAGGUUCAACUUGAACGGCCGAAAGCCAUCACCUUUAAAGCAGAUGGAGUGAUGGACGUCCUCACGGUGGCGUGAGGAGAGGGGUGUCCGUCAUCUGUUUUUCCCUGUUUUCUCUCUCCACGUCAAGGCGGACAAGUCAUGGGCUAUAACACUGACAGCUUUUGCAUGCAUAGGAUCACAUUAACAACGACGGACUCUGUGAGUUAUGAGUUCAUACUAGGUCUAAAUGGUCGGUCACAUGCCGUGGAUGAUAUACAUGCCGUGGAUGAUGUAUGCACACUUGGAGCAAAGAUG